GGGAUGGAGGGGCGGGGUGAGAAGGCUCCGCGCCGGUAAAGGGGCCGCCCGAGCGCGGUCCGAGCCAUCUACUGCUGCCGGCCACCCGGACCUCCCGACUCGCAGCCCGCCCCUUCCCCGCCCGCCGCCGUCACCAGGGAAACGGGCCGCGACCGCCCGCCGACCCCAAGCUGGUUUCAUGGCAGCCGCGAAGAAAGCAGUUUUGGGGCCGUUGGUGGGAGCAGUGGACCAGGGCACCAGCUCGACGCGCUUUUUGGUUUUCAAUUCAAAAACAGCCGAACUACUUAGUCAUCAUCAAGUGGAAAUAAAACAAGAGUUUCCAAGAGAAGGAUGGGUGGAGCAGGACCCUAAGGAAAUUCUGCAUUCUGUCUAUGAGUGUAUAGAGAAAACGUGUGAGAAACUUGGCCAGCUCAAUAUUGAUAUUUCCAACAUAAAAGCUAUUGGUGUCAGUAACCAGAGGGAAACCACUGUAGUCUGGGACAAGUUAACUGGAGAGCCUCUCUACAACGCUGUGGCUGCUGCAGUUUCUCCUGGCCCUUCAGAUCCAGCUGCCGUUGUUCCCUCUGGCUCUUCAGUUCCAGCUGCUGGCACUUCCUCAGUGUGGCUUGACCUAAGAACCCAGUCUACCGUUGAGAGUCUUAGUAAAAGAAUUCCAGGAAAUAAUAACUUUGUCAAGUCCAAGACAGGCCUUCCACUUAGCACUUAUUUCAGUGCAGUGAAACUUCGUUGGCUCCUUGACAAUGUGAGAAAAGUUCAAAAGGCAGUUGAAGAAGAUAGAGCUCUUUUUGGGACCGUUGAUUCAUGGCUUAUUUGGAGCUUGACAGGAGGAGCCAGUGGAGGUGUCCAUUGUACAGAUGUAACAAAUGCAAGCAGGACGAUGCUUUUCAACAUCCAUUCUUUGGAAUGGGAUAAAGAGCUCUGCGAAUUUUUUGAAAUUCCAAUGAAAAUUCUUCCAAAUGUCCGGAGUUCUUCUGAGAUCUACGGCCUAAUGAAAAUCUCUCAUAGUCUGAAAGCUGGGGCCUUGGAAGGUGUACCAAUAUCUGGGUGUUUGGGGGACCAAUCUGCCGCAUUGGUGGGACAAAUGUGCUUCCAGGAUGGACAAGCCAAAAACACGUAUGGAACAGGCUGUUUCUUACUGUGUAAUACAGGCCGUAAGUGUGUAUUUUCUGAACAUGGCCUUCUGACCACAGUGGCUUACAAACUCGGCAGAGACAAACCAGUGUAUUAUGCGUUAGAAGGUUCCGUAGCUAUAGCCGGUGCUGUUAUUCGCUGGCUCAGGGACAAUCUUGGAAUUAUAAAGACCUCUGAGGAAAUUGAAAAACUUGCUAAAGAAGUAGGUACUUCUUAUGGCUGCUAUUUCGUCCCAGCAUUUUCAGGGCUAUAUGCACCUUAUUGGGAGCCCAGUGCAAGAGGGAUCAUCUGUGGGCUCACUCAGUUCACCAAUAAAUGCCAUAUUGCUUUUGCUGCAUUAGAAGCUGUUUGUUUCCAAACUCGAGAGAUUUUGGACGCCAUGAACCGCGACUGUGGAAUUCCGCUCAGCCAUUUGCAGGUAGACGGAGGAAUGACCAACAACAAAAUUCUGAUGCAGCUACAAGCAGACAUUCUGUAUAUCCCAGUAGUGAAGCCCUCGAUGCCCGAAACAACUGCCCUGGGAGCUGCCAUGGCAGCAGGGGCUGCAGAAGGGGUUGGCGUUUGGAGUCUGGAACCUGAGGACUUGUCAGCUGUCACAAUGGAACGGUUUGAACCUCAGAUCAACGCUGAGGAAAGUGAAAUUCGUUAUUCUACGUGGAAGAAAGCUGUGAUGAAGUCAAUGGGUUGGGUUACAACUCAGUCUUCAGAAAGUGGUAUGCCAUAAAUACUACCAACUCAUGGAUUCCAAAGAUGCGAGCUCUUUACCUAUCGAGAGAAUCCAGUGAUUCUGUCUCUUAAUGUGAUGACACUAUUCAUAGACUCUGAUUUUAUUUAUCAGCCACUAGCUGCAUGACCCUCCAAGUAGACCUGUGGCUUGAAAUAAAGAAAAUGCAGCAGAAAGAAUGCUAUAGAAA